UUUGAUUACACUCCCCUGAACUAGGUAGGGCCUUGCCUCUGCUUGGAGUUUAGCUUCCGUUGUCUUACGUUACAUUGUCCCGUUGCUGUCUAUUAGGUCCAUUUCACUAGUAUUAACCAUGGCAGACGACGAAUUAGAAGCAAUUAGGCGGCAAAGAAUGGCGGAACUUCAGGCAAAGCACGGGGAUACUUCAAAAAAUCAGCAGCAAGGAGAGGAGGCCAAACAAAGAGAAACAGACAUGAGGAACUCUAUAUUGGCUCAAGUUCUGGACCAGUCUGCCCGGGCUAGAUUGAACAAUCUUGCUUUGGUGAAGCCGGAGAAGGCCAAUGCAGUUGAAAACUAUCUCAUUCAAAUGGCCCGUUAUGGAUCGUUGGGAGGAAAGAUUUCUGACUCGGGUUUGAUCGAGAUUCUAGAAAAAGUCAGUCAGCAAACAGAGAAGAAAACAACCGUCAAAUUCAACAGGCGUAAGGUGAUGGACUCCGAUGAUGAUGAUGAUUACUAACUUGAAAUGGGAACUGUGGAACAAGCCAAGAAUUCUGGAGAGGAUAUGCUUCACUGAGACUCGGAUACCAUCUUUGAUAUGUUGGCUGCAUUUUGGGAUGCCACACAAACUUCUCUGUGUCUCUGGAAACUACAUUAUCAGGAGGGAAGAACAAAGUGGAGUUGACAUUGUGGCAUAAUAGUUGGGGGGUGGGGUAGAAGUUGCUAGAAGUUUGCUCUGCUUGUGUUGUACCCCUGACAGACAGUUCAUGGCACCGUUUGACUCCUCUAGUUCCUCUCUGUAGUAACUUUUUUAAUUUUAUUUUUUUACCAUGUUCCACUUCUGUUCAAUCACAAGAAGCUAGAUAAAAUUCAAGACACACUUAUUUUAUCCAGCAUGUUCUGUGACUACAAAACAUAUUUAGGACCAGAAUCCCAUUAACUUUGUUGCGCUUUGAUAUUUUCCUUUUGCUGACAUGUAGGUUUACAUAAAAAUAAAUAAAAAAUGUAAAGAAACCUUAAA